AUGUGAGUAACCUUUUGCAGAAACAGUGUUAUACUGUAUCUGAAAAAGUAUCACUCUUAAGCUUGGCUGCUGCUACUUUCUACAAAGGCUUUUAGGUAGCUAUUUGUUGGAUACAGGGAAGGGGAAAUGGAGAACUUCAGUUUUUAUUCAAGUUCGGAUGUAUCACAUUAGGUAUCCAGAAUGCAAGUUUCCUCGGGUCUCCUUGUCUCGAUAUCAGACAGUAAAAAUAUAUGUAAAAGUAAUUUUUAUUUCGAGGUAUGUCAAACGUGCCAAGGAUAAAAGUACAGAUCUUCCAACUCACAAGUCUAGGAAUCACACGUGGAUUUUGAAAGCGAUUCUAAAUCAAAGCACAAUAUAUGCCGUGCCGCCUCCACAGCCCGUCCGUGUUCGUGUCUUUGAUUUGGUUUUCUACUUUGUGUAGUUUUUAAGCCAGGCAGGUAUGGCAGUACUGGAAAGGGAACAUUCCCAAGGUGCUACUUGAAGUGUUGAUGCUUUGCUCUUUUCUCCCAAGUCAGUUCCAACCCAAGUGUCCCCACACAUAGGGUCCCCAUCCAGUGCAACGAUCUGUAAUGUGCACGCCAGCAGCCUCCGUUUUUACCUAACGAUCUGUAAGGAUCACAUGGCACAUCUUUCUAUAAUUAAUUUGAUCAUGAUGAAGGUUGGAAAAUUUUCGUGUGCAGUUACAUUGGACCUGUCUAAAUUUUCUCUUGUUUCAAUUUUAUAUCAUAUGUUAUUUUCAGUUACUGUUUGUGGCUAGUAUGCCCCGUCCUGAUGGAGCAGGAACGGUUGUUCUUAUUAUUAUGAUAUUAACAUUUGGUGAUGGGAUAUAGUGCCUUUAGGCACUUUCAAGAAGAAAAAUACCUUUUGUUAUCGGCGGUAGUCAAUCUCAUAUUCCAGAAUGAGGUUCACUAACUUUUCUAAUGUUCAUGGCUGCCUUUUACAGCUCCAGGCAUUUAAUUGGAGUAGAACAAAAUUAUUAACAUUUAUGGCAAGCUUAUUAUAUGCUAGAUACUAAGCAUUUAUAUGCCUGGUACAUGUAAACUGCCCCAUUUGGAGUCAAGCUCAACAACUUCCCCACUGUGUGACCUUGAGCAAGUUACCUAACUUCUCUGUGCCUUACUUUUCCUCACGUUUAAGUGGGGAUGAUAAUAAUUCUGCCCACCUCAUAGCGCCCUGUGAAGAUUGUGAAAAUUAAAUGAGUCAAUAUAUGUAAACAUAUAGGAAAUGCUAAAUAAAGACUAUCAUGAUUAAUAUGUUCUUUAAUUCUCAUUUUACACCUCAGGAAACUGAGGUGGAGAGACGUUAACUUGUCCAAGGUUACAAAGCUAGUAAGUGACAGACUCAGGACUCAUACACAGGCCUGGGCCUGUGUUCUUGGUAAUUUCACUCAUUGUAAUUGGACGAGUUUAUUAAUUGACUUCUAAUAAAAUAAGUGUAUUCAACUGAUCAAUGUUUAAAAACUGUUCAUCAACCUGGCAAUUAAAGCAAACUAUACUUUUUUUUAAAAAGACACAAAAGAAUUUAUUCUGUAAAGGAAAAAUGAUAGUUUUACUUAGAUUACUACCUAAGGAAGCCCUUCUAUCUUAUAUGUCAUCCAUUUAAAACCUAAUUUACAAAAUGCCUUACUAAGAAAUUGUCUGUCUUGGCCAGUGUGCUCUCUGGCCCCGAAAUCAAGGUGACCCUCAUGGGGACAAUCUCUUCUAGUGGAUGAUAAAGUUAUGCAGUUAUCUAAACAUUUUUGGAAUUCAUUUGUAUUUGCAGCUGGCAGUAUUCCUUGAGUUGAGUUGCACAAGUUUAUAUUCCAUGUAUUGUAUUGCACCUUGUACCUAAGUCUAUGUUGAGGUUUUAAAAGAUUCGUCUUAGUUCGAGAAGUCCUGAAUUUUGUAAACAAGUAUCAUGUGCAAAUAAAAUGUUCUCUAGUCAAAUAAAUUUGGGAAAUGUUAACAUAAAGUUUCUUUACUGCAUAACUUGCCAGAACAGUUACUACACUAAUGUGCUUUAUGACUCUCCAAGAUUCCCAAACUUAUUUGACCAAGGAAAAUGUUGGGAGCAAGUUUUCUAAGAAUCACAUUUUUCCACUCAUAAAACCUGUGAUAUUAUAGGCUUUGAUCUGAAUCCCUCUCCCUCAGCCUUUGCAUUUCUCUGCUGAGGACUUUGUUCAUGCUCAUAUGGUGACUUCUCUGUCCCUUGAUCACUGCAGUUGUCUUUCUCUGGGCCUGCAUGCCCUCUGAAUGCUAGCACACACAAUUCCAGGAUACUGUGCUGAGAGGUGGUUCCCAGGCUCAUCCCGCUGAUGCCCAGCAUGUUGACCUUUGGGUCACAGCAGCACAUCACACUGCCUUUCUUCUGAGAAUAUUUUGUAGUGACUCAUAGCCCUCUUUGUAGUGACUCAGUAACUCAGACCAUCAUCUCCAAACUCUUUGCCCUCUAUUCCACUGGCAUUAUUUCCUUUUAACGUCAGUAUAACCAAUGCAAUUUUGUUUUCCAUUCAAAACAAAUUUAAAUGUCAACAUGUUGGUUGUUGCUAGGACUUAUCUAUGAAGUUGAGAUGGUCCUGAAACCCUUAACACAUGGUUUCCACUUUUUUAAAACAGUUAUUGGCCACACUUAAGUCUUUUGUGCUUGAAAUCCGAAUUUAAUAUAUUUUAUUUUGACAUUAGUAUUUACCAGGUUUUUAUUUGUAUUUCUCUUUUCCAAAGCUCUGGGAAGGAGGAGAGGCAAAACAACUGUAUCUGCAAAUGGGAAAAAAAGGGGGGCUUUGGAAAAAAAAUUAUAUAUAGCCAGAGGCUUAUGCCUAGAGAAUCAAUCUCUACCCACGUAUACAUAGCCAAUCAUGACAACCACUGUGGCGUUCCUUUGUUUCCCUUCCCUACCCACCAUACAUAUACACCUGUUCACAGAAACAUUGCUUGACCAGUACCUGAGACUUGGGGUGCCCAGAACUGUAUCAUUCCUGCUAUUGAGCAGAAUACAAUACUGUGCUUUAGGGAAGACAGGACUUGUGAAAUAAGCAAAGCAAAUGUGUAAGGUGAUUUUGUUUAAAUAUAAAUGCUACAGUAGUCAAAAGAGACAAGAAUUUUCUAAAGUUUUCAUAGAGGAGACAGGCACCUGGACUCUGCUAUAAUAGCACUAAGAUAGGCAGAGAGGCCCAGGGAGGCAUUUUAGGCAAGUGGAAAGCAAGAGCAAGGGUAUGGAGCUAGAAAUGAGCCUGGUAUUUGGGGAAAGUUGGUCUCAACUGCAGUGGUAGUUGUAGUGCCUGCUGGAAUUGGUGACAUAUAGAAUGUAGCAGCUGAAUAAGAGGAAGAAAUCCAAGAUAACUCAUAAUUUUUGAGUCUGCAGGAUCAGGAAUGGUGGUGUUGCCAUUGAGAGAUAUCAGGAUUUGGUUAAGGAGAAAGUUUAGACGAGUUUGAAAUGAGAGAGCACAUAUGUAUGAAAACUAAGACAGGAGCUUACACCAGGCUCAGAGUCAGAUGCACUCAGGGUAUAAUGGGUGAAGCAUCUGGUUGCUCUCGACAGUCUCACUUUGAGGACUCUUAACAACCACCCUCCCACGCUGCAUUUCUUUUCCCACCUAAUGAGAAUAGGAGGUCUUUGUUUUGCGGGGCAGCUCCCCCAGUGCUGUAUCUAUACUCUGGCCAAAGGUAGAAAUACAGUACAACUGCGCUAUGAUGCUCUGAGUAAGGUCUAGAAGAUUCACUCAUGCAAAAUGCACAUCAAGUUAUUGUGAGGUCCUGAAAUGAGAUCUGGGGCUUGGGCAGAGGAUCGUUAUAGAGUUUGCCCUACCACUCAAAUGCUUUGGGAGGUAUGCUUCCUUUCACCUCUCAAAUGUGCUUCUGGUCUUCUGGCUUAGGAAGUCAAAAUUUAAACCUAGUCCUCUAUGGAAAAAUGGGCUCCUGUAACAUCCUGCAGAAUUAUUAAAAUAAAACAAGGACCUAGAUGGAUAACUUUCAUUUGCACUCACUCAGCUCCAAAUCAGCAUGAUCCCCAAAGUCUCUUGCAGCUCAGAAAUUCCAUGAAGCUAGCUUACUUUUCCUAACAAGAAAAUCCCCUUCUGGAAAUGCCCAUCCGCUAUUUGUGAACUUUCUUAGUAAACUGAUAAAUAGAACAUUUGCCCUUAAAACAAACUUUCAAUUUCAACUCUGAAAGACAUGCAUAUAUGUCCUUCAGAAUCUUACCUUUUAAAAUGGAAACUGCUUGGAAGUGGCUUUUACCUGGGGAAUAUGACAUGCAUGUGUCUGUUAUACUGCCUUCCUGCCAAAAUAAGUGUGUCCUUAGGCACGCUCUUUGCAUAUUCUAUUGCUAACUACAUUUUGCCAGACACUGCCUGUGAAUGCAGUAUGUGUGAGACCACUGCCCAGCUUCCUGUAGUGCUAGUCCUACAUUUCCACAGAACUCCUCACCUAGCCAAAUUCUUGAGCGCUUUGCAGUCAGCAGCACUACCUGAGGCUCUGCCUGAGUGUCACUUUAGUUGUCUUGCAGAAAGCUUCAGAUGUCCUUGGUUCUAUUUAGGUUGUGCAAAUAGACAUAUGAGGUUUGGUUCUGGUUAGUGGUUGCUAGUACCAGAUCACCUUGCUUACUGGUGAGUUCAUUCAAACCCAAAAAGUCACACCUGUGUCCUGUGCGCGGGUGCUGCAGGCUUAGGUGGAGAAAAGCAGGGCUAGAAUUGGAACCCAAAGCCCAGAAUGGCAGGAGAGGAUGUGGGGGCUCCACCCGAUCACCUCUGGGUUCACCAAGAGGGUAUCUACCGCGACGAAUACCAGCGCACGUGGGUGGCCGUCGUGGAAGAGGAGACGAGUUUCCUAAGGGCACGAGUCCAGCAAAUUCAGGUUCCCUUAGGUGACGCAGCUAGGCCAAGUCACCUUCUUACCUCCCAGCUACCUCUCAUGUGGCAACUCUACCCGGAGGAGCGCUACAUGGAUAACAACUCUCGCUUGUGGCAGAUACAGCAUCAUUUAAUGGUCAGGGGAGUACAGGAGCUGUUGCUUAAGCUUUUGCCUGAUGACUAACCUGGUGCUGGGAUUCUACGAAGAUAUGCUCCUUUGUUCUGUUCAGUAUUUGGCAAUCACUUCAUCCACUACUGCAGUGCACCCACCCUUGGGCCUGGGGGGAGGGAGUGGGUUGAAAAACUGCUCAAGAAACAGAAGUUUAGCA